CCUGGCUCAGCGGGCUCGGUGCGGCGCGGGAGGCGGAGCGAGGGCCGGGCCCGGUGCGUGUGUCCCGGCAGGCCCGGCGCGGCGCGGGAGGCGGAGCGAGGGCCGGGCCCGGUGCGUGUGUCCCGGCAGGCCCGGCGGGGCGCGGGAGGCGGAGCGAGGGCCGGGCCCGUUCCACAGCGUUCCUGGGACAAGGGGAAGAAUGCUGUGAGGCGUGUUGGUGAUAGAAGAGCAGGGUGAAACCCCCGUUCUGAGUGCUGCCAGAAGAUGCUGAAGCGUUGAAUGUGUUGGUGGUGAUGCUCUAGCGGUGUUGCUGUGCCUGGCAGCAGGAUGUCGCAGCCGGAGGCUCCGCUGUCCCUGUGCGACUGCCUCUGCCAGAUCUGCAUGGAGAUCUUGGUGGAGCCGGUGACGCUGCCGUGCAACCAUACCCUGUGCAACUCCUGUUUCCAGCUGACUGUGGAAAAGGCCAGUCUCUGCUGCCCUUUCUGUCGGCGUCGAGUCUCUUCCUGGGCACGGUACAACGCCCGCAGGAAUACUCUUGUCAACUGGGAGCUCUGGGAGAAGAUCCAGAAGAGUUACCCGAAGGAGUGUGAGAGUAGGAUUAGCGGACAGGAUCUGGAAAAGGAAAUCUGUGUCCCGCGCCCCCCACAACACCAGCUGAGCAAGCCUGGGGAGCUGAGGCAGGAGUAUGAAGCAGAGAUUAACAAGGUGAAGGCAGAGAGGCAAGCACACGAACAGGAGGAGAACAAGGCAAGCGAGGAGUACAUCCAGCGGCUCCUGGCGGAGGAGGAGGAGGAGGAGCAGAGACUGGCAGAAGAGAGACGGAAGGAGAUGGAGAAGCAGCUGAAGCAGGAUGAGGAGCUGGCCUGGCAGCUGAGUAACAGUCUGAACGAGGAUUCCAAGGGGCAGGUGCUGUGCAGCCCCUCAGCAGCAGGCAGCCUCUCACCCCAGACAUCCCCAGCUCAGCUGGGCAAGGCCAGGAACAGAGCUAGCAGUUCUGGAGACAUUCAGAAGUACCUGUCUCCAAAGCCUCAGCGUACCUUUGGGUCAGCAUCGUUCUCCAGAGCAGCACAAAGAGGCAGGAGUGACCCUGGCUCUGCGGAGCCCAGCAGCGAAGGCAGCAGUUCUGCGUGGUGGGGUGAACACGAGGAAAUGCCGAUACUGUCUCCACAGCUGAUCCGUGGGGUUCAAGGUUCCAGUGCCAAGGAUUUGUUUUUUGAGUCCUGCAUGAACUAUUUCAGUGCCUCAGGUGCAGGGGAAACGGCCACCAGCGAGCAGGAAGAAGCAGCAGGACCGACUCAUCCAGGAGGCGAAGCUCCAGAUGCGCUUGGUGGGAUCACAGGAGAGGAAGAGUCUCGAGGAGUCCUUCAGCCAUGCGAAGGAGAGGGGGAUGGAGCUGAGGCAGGUGGUUUAACACACGUAGGAAGCAUAAAGCUUGAGAAUCCUGCUGAAACUCGUGCCUGUGUCCAGGCAGCAGCAACUCCUGCGCUGUGUGGCAGCGGAAGCACAGGGACGAGGGCUGGAGAGAAAGCAAAGGGGCUGCAGGACACGAAGGAGCCUCCCAAGAGGAAGUCACUGGAGCCGCCAGCUGAGGCAGCCAUCGACAUGUGCGCCCUCGAUAAGAGGAGAAGAACGUUUCCGGAGGCUUUAGAGGACCAAGGGGAGCAAGUCGGUGAUUUUAACGUGCAGAUGCAGAAAGCUUUUGAACAGGAGUUCUACGAAAGGCGUCAGCAAGAGGAGCAGGACAGGCUCCUGGCUCUGCAGCUGCAGAAGCAGCUCAACAAGGAGGAAAGCACGCUGAACCGACAGAAGGGCUCUCCAGACGAGUACCUGCUCCGCACCCAACGGCCUCAGGCCGGGAAGAACUCCCUGGCUCAAAAGGGAACUUCCAAGACCGCAAAAGACUCCAAGGUGCCCAAAAAGCAGGCUGAGGCGCAUGCCCGCAAGGCUCGGAAGGGCUCCUGCGAUGAGAACUGGCAAUCCCCUACCAGGGUGCACGUCAAGUCGCCCGGCACCAAGGGAGGGAAGGUCUUGAAUUGUGUGGUUAACACCAGUGACACGAGCGACAUCUGUUCCCUGCCCAAGGCUCAGCAGAAGACGCUCCUCCAGAUGUUUAAAAGCCCUGUUGGGGAGUAGAGGAGCAGAACCCCCGAGGCGCUGCAGAGAGAGGAGUGAAGCCGCCCUGAACAGUUUUGUUGCUGGUUUUGAGGGAGGACAUUUUGGGCCACAAAGUAUUGAUUGCAGUGUCCUGGGGAGUAUGAAUAACAUAGCCCUUGCCCCAGGCUGAACCAACUGAACUGGUCUUUUCUUGAGCACAGCUUAGCUUCUAGCACUUGCACUGAUAUCUUUGUGCAGGUGAAUGCUGUCAGUCUUUAGAACCAAAAGCGCCCUGUGGUCUUAUCUUAACGUUUGAAUGAGGAAGCCUUUCAUGGAAAGGAUGCACAUUCCACAGAGGAAGAACAGGAGUCUUUUUUUUUUUUUCUCACUUGUCUGCCAUCCCCAAGGCUGAGGCUUCACCCAGCACAGCCACUGUCCCCUUCAGCCCAGCACCAGUGGAAUUCAGGUGACCUGUUGCAUUCCCACAGCAGUUACAGGAGUGUGGGGGGACAGACACACUCUCUCCCUCUCCUGUACUAACCCAUUUCUUACACAAAAGGGAAAACCCAGGUUGUUCUCCUGCUGCCAGAGCCAAGGAUCUUUUGUUGGUGCCACUGGCAGAAGUGGUUGUGGGCUUGGACUUGCCUCUGUUCAGAAGUCACUGCUGCAGCUGUGCCUCUCUGGUGUUGGGGAAAGAUGCUCUUGUUUCUCGUGGCUGACGUUCUGCAGCUUUGUUCUCGGUUGAUAAUAUUGCCCUUGUUUAGUGCUGUUUGAUGUUCAUGCUCAAAACUGGUUUGAGUCUGAUUAGAACCACAGAGGAUUGAAAACAAAUGGCCUAGAAGACAGUUGCAAUGGAGAAAGUUAAACACAAAGGGGGAAAAGCAACUGAGAACUGAAGCUGUCAGUGAUGACAACACUAGAAGUAAAGGUUCACACAGCUGCUGUCAGUGGCUGCAUUGUGUUCCCCCUGCCCUCCACUCUGGGAGGAACCACCAAGUGCCAUCUUCCACUUGGACUGAAAACCAACCCCUUUCCAGAAGAGUGCCAGUUUGGGCACGUGGGGGAACUGAGGCUGCGGGGAAGUUGAGGCUGGUGAGGAGUUGACCAGCUGCUACUCAGCAGAGAAGCUGCUCUCGAUCAGUGAGUUUAGCUGCUGCUGUUAAGAAACUGUCUUUUGUUCUCUGUUCUGCUUGUAAUGAGACACGUUGCCCCCAUACCUGUUUGAAAGAAAGCCAGGCACCAAGCUACAUUGCUGAAGGGGAUGUGCCAGUCCCCAGAGUUAGCAAACAUUUUAAACCUGGGCAUUUCUGCCUUUUGACCCUUGUUGGUGGUCUUUAGCCUUUAACUCAGCUCUGGGAAGUUUGUAACCAAGUGCUUCGAGGCAGGAUCUUCUGAUGGUGGAAGGUUUAAAAACCAAAGCUGGGGUUUUAUUGGAAGCAUGAGCAGCACACCAGCCUGGGCUUAGGUUGUUUUUCCCUUGCCUACAUGUCUGUAGUAAUGGCAGGCUCACAAAGAAAUGAUUUCUUCCUCAGAUGUGCUUUUUGAGUCAGUUACAAGAGGUGACCAGUUUUAGGUUCCUUCACUGUUCCUCUUGCUGCCUCAGCUGUUGUACUGGAAGCCUGCAGAUCUGUUUCUGUUUCAUCCUUACUUGUGUUGGGGUGGUUUUCUGCCUUCCCCAGGCAGUCAGAUAUAAACCUUCAUUGAUUAAAGUUAUUUAUUGACUGUUUU